AGACACACUGCUGACAUGAUGUUUCCUCAAUCAAGGCACUCGGCGUCUUCUCAGUCCGGUCAACCUCUGAAGUUCACCACCUCCGACUCCUGUGACCGCAUCAAGGAUGAGUUCCAGUUCCUCCAAGCACAGUACCACAGUUUGAAGUUGGAGUGCGACAAACUGGCCUCUGAAAAGUCCGAGAUGCAGCGUCACUAUAUCAUGUACUAUGAAAUGUCCUACGGGCUGAACAUUGAAAUGCACAAACAGGCCGAAAUAGUGAAGAGACUGAAUGGGAUCUGUGCUCAGGUGCUGCCGUACCUGUCGCAGGAGCACCAACAGCAAGUUAUGGGCGCCAUAGAGAGAGCCAAGCAGGUCACACCUCCUGAGAUGAACUCCAUCAUCAGGCAACAGCUGCAGGUGCAACAUCUGUCCCAGCUCCAGGGCCUGGCCCUGCCUGUGACCCCGCUGCCCCUGGGCCUCACCCCCCCCUCCCUGCCCGCCGUCUCCUCCAGCUCCGGCCUGCUCUCCCUCUCCUCCAUCCUGGCCAACUACUCUCACGGCCAGCCGCCGACAGUGAAGGAGGACAAGGCCAGAGAAGCCGCCGAGAGAGCGCCCAGGGGAGAGGAUGGAGACAAGUCAGACUAG